AUUAGUGUCAUUGUCAUCGGUAAAAAUAAAACGUUUCUAAUUUCUAUAUCGAAAAUUCUUUCUACAAUUUCAAUUAAAAAGAAAAGAAAAACAAACCAGAAAAAUCAAUGGACAACGAUGAAAAUGUCCAUCGCUUAGAAGGUCCUGCACCCACAAAAGGUGGCCUCGUUAUAAAAAAACAAAAGGAUAAAGAUGAACACUCCUUCAAAGUACCGAAGUCAUCAAUUCUUGGUCUGGACAAAUUGGCGGCACAACGCCGCAAAGAACGCGAAGAUUCCCAGCGAUUGAUAUCAUUUAAGGACAAUGAUUACGAUGACAAGGAAGGUAGCCAAACUCCUGGAAGCAGCAAGGACUUUGCUUUUAAAACUCCUGACACAAAUAGUUUCCACAAAUUGAGUCGUCAAUUGAGGGAAUCCAAAGAUGAAACUCCCUCGCACACUGGAGGUGUAUCAGAUCUGGCCAGAGAUCGUUUGCGUGAACACAUAACACGCGAUCGAACUAAAGGAGUGUAUUACUCAACCAAGGACAAGCAACGCGAACGUGGUAGUGACCGGUCACCGAGACGAAGCGAUCGGGAUCGCGAUCGUGACCGAGAUCGGGACCGGGACCGCCGUGAUCGUCGACGUCAUGAUCGUGAUGGUAGACGCGACCGCGAUCGGGAGCGAAGUAGAAAUCGCGAAGAAAGCCAUUCCGAGCGUCACAAACGCGAACCGGAUUCUUCACGUAGUAUCAAUACGCCGCGAUUCAAAGACGAGCCGCGCACACCAGCAGGCAGUUCGGUUGCCAAUAGUGCAUGGGAUGAAGAUGAUGAGCGAAGUGGUCAGUUAAAAAAAUCCUCCUGGGAUUUCCCCACACCCCGGUCCUAUGUGAGUGACCGUCCCGAUUGGUCUUCUCGUCGAAGCAAUCGACAAGAUGAAACACCGCGUCCAACGCCAGCCCACAAAUACAAUUCUUGGGCAAAUGAUCGCAAGAAAUCUGGAGCGACUCCAGCUACAGGUCGCAGCACUCGGCAGCCAUGGGGAGACACUGAAGAGGACCGUGAUCUUUGGGAAGAAGAGCAGCGAAGACUCGACCGUGAGUGGUACAACAUUGACGAAGGCUACGACGAUGAAAACAAUCCGUUUGGUGGUCCAAAUGCAGAGUACUUCAGAAAACGAGAAGAAUUACUUGAGCAGAAGCGCACAAAACGAAUCAGUGCACAGCAGCGUCAGAUCAAUAAGGACAACGAGCUGUGGGAAAGGAAUCGAAUGCUCACAUCCGGUGUGGUUAUGUCCAUCAAUGUAAAUGAAGACUUUGAUGAGGAAGCCGUCGAAAGGGUCCAUCUGCUAGUUCACCAUAUUGUCCCACCAUUUCUGGAUGGUCGCAUAGUUUUCACCAAACAACCAGAGCCCGUGAUUCCCGUCAAAGAUCCCACCUCCGAUAUGGCUCUGAUCGCUCGCAAAGGAAGUGGCCUUGUAAGAGUUUAUCGCGAACAAAAGGAACGCAAGAAGGCGCAAAAGAAGCACUGGGAGCUCGGUGGCACCAAACUAGGAAACAUUAUGGGCAUUGAAAAAAAGAACGAAGGUGAGGACUCUAAGUUUGAUCAGGAAACCGAUACUGCUGACUAUAGACGUGAUCAAAAGUUCGCCGAACACAUGAAAGAUUCGGACAGUGGUGGAAAGAGUGAUUUCUCGCGAAAAAAAUCCAUCUACGAGCAAAGGCGUUUCUUGCCUGUGUUCGCUGUGCGACAAGAGCUCUUGAAUGUGAUUCGUGAAAAUUCCGUAGUUAUUAUUGUAGGUGAGACUGGAAGUGGUAAAACUACUCAGCUCACUCAGUACCUACACGAAGAUGGGUACAGUAAUUUUGGUAUGAUCGGAUGCACACAGCCGAGAAGAGUAGCAGCUAUGUCGGUAGCCAAGCGUGUUUCCGAUGAAAUGGGUACUCGUCUAGGUGAAGAAAUUGGCUAUGCCAUUCGUUUCGAAGAUUGUACAACGGAAAAAACUGUAAUUAAGUAUAUGACCGAUGGUAUUUUGCUGCGUGAAAGUUUAAGAGAUCCUGACUUGGAUGGCUAUUCGGCAGUCAUAAUGGACGAGGCUCACGAAAGAUCAUUAUCGACAGAUGUACUCUUUGGGUUAUUGCGUGAGAUUGUUGCUAGAAGACAUGACCUCAAACUGAUCGUUACUUCGGCCACCAUGGACUCGACAAAGUUUGCUACAUUCUUCGGCAAUGUACCAACUUUCACCAUACCCGGACGUACAUUCCCAGUUGAUACCUUGUUUAGUAAGAACACCUGUGAAGAUUAUGUCGAAUCGGCAGUUAAACAAGCCCUGCAAAUUCAUUUGACACCGACCGAAGGUGAUAUGCUGAUAUUUAUGCCAGGUCAAGAAGAUAUCGAAGUUACAUGCGAGGUAUUAGCAGAACGUCUAGUUGAAAUUGAUAACGCCCCAGAAUUAUCUAUUCUUCCGAUAUAUUCACAACUGCCAUCCGAUUUACAAGCGAAAAUUUUUCAAAAAUCACCAGAAGGAUUAAGAAAAUGCGUCGUAGCAACAAAUAUCGCUGAAACAUCACUUACCGUUGACGGUAUUAUAUUUGUUAUAGACUCUGGUUAUUGUAAGUUAAAAGUUUACAAUCCACGAAUCGGUAUGGACGCUUUACAAAUAUACCCAAUAUCGCAAGCAAAUGCUAACCAAAGAUCAGGUCGUGCUGGGCGUACAGGACCUGGACAAGCAUUUCGAUUGUACACCCAAAGACAAUAUAAGGAGGAACUCUUACCUCUGACAGUACCAGAAAUACAACGGACCAAUUUAGCUAAUACUGUACUUCUAUUAAAAUCACUCGGCGUAGUUGACUUACUACAAUUUCAUUUUAUGGAUCCUCCUCCUCAAGACAAUAUUUUGAAUUCGCUGUAUCAAUUGUGGAUUUUGGGAGCCUUAGAUCAUACCGGUGCUUUGACGUCCUUAGGUCGACAAAUGGCUGAGUUUCCACUGGAUCCACCGCAGUGUCAGAUGCUUAUUGUAUCCUGCCAGAUGGAGUGCAGUGCAGAAGUCUUAAUUAUUGUGUCCAUGUUGUCUGUUCCAUCUAUAUUUUACCGUCCGAAGGGGCGGGAAGAAGAAGCUGACGGUGUAAGAGAAAAAUUUCAAGUACCCGAGUCAGAUCAUUUAACAUAUCUUAAUGUUUAUCUACAGUGGAAACAAAAUAAUUACAAUGCAAAUUGGUGCAAUGAGCAUUUUAUCCAUGUCAAGGCAAUGCGCAAAGUUCGAGAAGUUCGGCAGCAGUUGAAAGACAUUCUCGUCCAGCAAAAACUUAAUGUUAAGUCCUGUGGUUCCGACUGGGAUAUCGUAAGAAAAUGCAUUUGCUCAGCUUAUUUCUAUCAAGCAGCACGGUUGAAGGGUAUUGGAGAAUAUGUUAAUUUAAGAACUGGAAUGCCGUGUCAUCUUCAUCCAACGUCUGCUCUUUAUGGCCUAGGUACAACUCCUGAUUAUGUGGUGUACCAUGAGCUUGUAAUGACUGCUAAGGAAUACAUGCAAUGUGCAACUGCCGUCGAUGGUUAUUGGCUGGCAGAGCUAGGUCCUAUGUUUUUCUCUGUGAAAGAAACCGGUCGAAGUGGGCGCGAGAAAAAGAAGCAAGCCGCUGAACAUCUAAAAGAAAUGGAAACCCAAAUGCAAAUGGCUCAGGAGCAAAUGGAAGAACAAAAAAUACAAGCUGCCCAACGUGAGGAAGCUCUUAUACCCAAACAGGAGAUUGUAACUCCUGGACAGACACCACGGCGCACACCUUCUCGUAUUGGUUUAUAAAAUAUUUUGUUUGUUUUUAAUUUUCCUCAACACAUGAUAAAAAAAAAAGUGUUUUUUUUUUGUUGAAAAUAAAAUAAAAUAAAUUUUCCAAAAUUA